AUUCAUUUGGUCAUGAAUACAUAUGGGCCUCAAAAUAGAUUUGCAGCUGGUGUCUUCUCAAGUCGCCAAUGCAAGUAUGGUUGAUAACCUUUUUACUGGUUGCAUACUACCUGUUGACGAUUUAUACUUGUAAUCAACACAAAUUUAUUUUAAAAUUACAGUUAUCAUAUGUGAUACAAGUGUUUAUUUGAAUGUGAACUAUGGGUAGAGCGUAAUUUGUUGUAGAUUGCAUAAGUUUGUGAUGCAUAACCUCUCAAAAUUCACUGAAUUUCCCAUAUUAGUGACGAUCAGGAUGAGAGCAUUGAGCAGCUGGUUCGGUGUCCUGAAUUUCUUUAUAGUGCUUGGCCUCAGAUUAGACUCACUUGUCCAUGGCAAUUGGUUCAUCAUCCUCUUGCCCCUGUGGAUCAUAGACUUCUUCUUGAUUGUAGAUCCUGUGGUGUAUCUAGCUUUGAGCUUGCAACACAACUUGAAGUGCUGGUCUUUCUUUCAGUUCUCCUACAAAAUACUAAAAGUAAUACUCACUGUGGUCUUCAAAAUUCUGAUUGCUCUGAGACUCGAAUAUGACAUGCAUUUAGAGCUCUACCAGAUCCUCACACCUCUGUGGAUUCUGCUUGGAUUGCUUAUCCUGGAUGUCUCUGUGCUACUUUUCAAAAGCCCCCCAGACAAAGAUUUGCCCUUGCCAAACAGCAGACCAAUGUUGCAGUAUACAAGCUUAUCCAGAAUUGAUCCAGCACAAAACAACAACAAUGACAGCAAUAAAACUUAAUUAUAUCUUAUAAUAAUUAUGUUAUA